AUGAAGGCCCCUCUGCUUCCUGCGCUGGCGUUUUUCGUCGUCGGUACUCCGUAUCAGGUGCACCAUGCCCACGCAGCUUCCGCAUACUCGGAUGCUUCAUUGUUGGCGCAAGAGACGUUCACGUUUCCAGGAAUUACGGAUAUAGAUGAUUCGCAUGUUGCAGAGCGUGGAACGGGAUAUGAGGGGCCAUUCGGCACGCCAUACAACAUGUAUGGGAGGCCAGCCUAUGCAGACGUGGAAAUCGAUGAGGAUGUAGGAGUCAGCCGCAUCUCCCGCCGUGGAAGUCUUCGAAUGCCCGUACAGGGUCCCCCUGGAUCCUCCCUUAUAACGCUAGUCGAGGCACUUCGCAAGGCUUCUCCUGCACUUCGCAAGGCGCUUCUGCGCCAUUUCUGCCACUCUGUUGCCCGUUUGAAAACGCUUCCUUCUGGAGUUGCACAGCCACAUGAAAGGGCAUUCUUGUUGGAGCGCAGAGUCACGGAGGGUGAUGUUUCUACAUUGGUGACUAAGCUGAACGGCGUUUUUGGUGCUAUCACCAGUGGCGGCUUCACCAACUCUGCCGUGGCAGACACUCUGCUAGUUCCUUUUGCACGGCUGGUGGUAGAGACAGAGGGCAUGCUGUUUAGCAUUGCGCGAGAAGGUGAUGCCGCGAAGAUGGAAUCUGCUUUGAGCCAGCUGUCUCUACCUCUGGUGAGGGGCUUGUCCCACAUGGAGGCCCCUCACUCGGGGAGCACCUUAGUCGCCCUAGAACCCCUCAAGGCGUCUCUCACUAAACGAGCUAAAGAACUGGACGCAGAGCUGCUUGACGCUCAGGCUCACCCUGAGCGUGUGAUAUUGGAGUACUCUGCAGAACUGGACAAUAGCCUGUUAAAGACGGAGCGGAAGAUGGAUUUGCCGGAGGGAGACUCCCAUAUGGCCGACGUAUCGCCUCUCUCUGGAGCGCAACAGGCGAAAUAUCGAAAGCUGAAACGUAUCAAAUUCCUUUCGAUGCUCUUCGUAGUAAUUAUUAUCGCUGAGCUGACCUAUAUUGGGCUUGCUAAAUUCAAUAGCAUGACGAAGACAGAACCACCGCAGGAGCAGGAUGAAAGCUCAGAUAGCUCCUUUUUCGAGGAUGACAUAGAGGAUUUGGAAGACGGCUCUAUAGAUAACCUAUCUAACGUCCAGGGAAGUGCCCGCCCUUUCCAUAGUGAGCAUGAAAACUGGAUGCGAAGGGAUCGGGGGCCGCUCGGAAACAGAUCUCAUGUCUACCUAUAUCCAUCCUAUAGGGGAGGACGUCUGUUCACAGAUCUGACUCCGCCACGCGUCCAUAUUGGCACGUCCAUGAGCCCGAAUGCGAGCGCCUAUAAUCUCCUAAGCCAAAACCCUCCUCCUGGACCCCCCAUUGCCGCCUUCGGGGCUCCUCCCACACGGGAAGACAUAAGACCCCGUGCCUGUGCACCCGCUCGGGCGCGGCUUACGUGCAUAACACUGACGGCUAUGCAAGAGGCGUAUGAGAGCCUAGCAUGCUGCGGAAAGCACAGAGUCACUGUGCCUAUUAGGAACCUUGGUCUCCGUCGAGGAACACCUGAUUCCAGACUUGAUGCGUGCUCAAAAGAAAGGUACUGGGUGUCAUUUUAA